AUGCAGGCUUUUGUGCCGAAGAACAGAAGAACCAAAUUCGAGCUCAAACUAAGAAUACUCGAUCUCAAUAACAUCCCACUGGUUGCCGGGACGUCAUAUGUGAAAUGGCAUCUCCCAUCCUCCAUAGCCGCCGAGCACCGCGGCCAUACAGAUCGAGCCGUAAUCCAAGAUCAUCGUGCCUCAUGGGACUAUGAGAAAGAGUUACCCGUCAAACUCACAAUAGAUCGAAACCACAUGCUUCAGGAAUGUGACAUUUCAUUCGAGAUAUUUCAAGAGUUCUCCUCCGGAAGUCGAGGGGAUCGUAUAACGCUGGGCAAUAUCAAGCUCAAUCUUGCGGAGUAUGUUGAUCGAAGUGAGGACGACAAUGGCAUUGUAAGGAGAUAUUUGAUGCAGGAUAGUAAGAUCAAUAGUACGCUCAAAGUGGGCAUAUUGAUGCGGCAGGUUGAAGGGGAUAAGAAUUAUAUCACGUCAGCACCUCAUCCCAUUUACCUGGAAGGGUUUGAAGAGUCAUUGCUAAGAUUACGCAGACCUCCCUUAAAAUCGGCCAUGGUAUUCGGUGGCAUAGCUGGCAUCCUACCACACGAACACGGCGAAACCGAGGAACCAGGCAGCCUACCCUCAAUCAAUGUCAGCCGCGAAACCGGCGAUUUGCAAGACAUGUACCGUCGCACAUUAGCCGCAUCCUGGACCGCACAAAGCGACGAGCUUCUCCCAGACCAAUUAAUCGAAGACCUAUUCGCUGGCGGUCGCGGCGUCCGAUCUGCUACACGGUCAGGAGCCCGAUCAGAGCGCGCGGAUGAUGAUGACGGUAAUAUAAGCGACACUGGUUCUCGGACAACAGUUCAAGAGAGUCGAUCGGAUAACAAACGACCGAAAAGUGCAUUGAGUAGUCGAUCAAGAACGGAUUUGAGAGAUACAGAUAGUACGAUGAGUGGACGGGGUAGUCUCGAGAGCUCGUUUCAGGAUACCAAAGAAAAGGCUUGGAAGAGUUCCAAAGCUAGUCAUGAGGUAUCAGAAUUUGACAUUCGGGAUGAUCUUAGAACGUGGGAGAUUACUGUGAAUGAUUGA